GAUGCCGGCAAGCAAGAUAUGAUGUUAUCGUGAAGAAGUUUUUCAAGACAAAUCAAUAUGGCCCUCAAAUUGGGAAAAUGCAGGCUUUGUCUGAAGCUUGGAGACUUUUACUCCAUCUUCACAAUGGACAACGCUUUGCAGCUUUCCGAAAUGGCGAUGGAAUGUGCUCGGAUUAAGAUCUAUGAUGGAGAUGGUCUUCCAGAUAAAAUCUGCUCGGAAUGCGUGCAGAAGUUGAGCAGUGCGUAUAUUUUCAAACAGCAGUGCGAGCGAUCUGACGCUGAAUUGCGGCGGAACUACAUACCCCCGCCAGGUUUCAGCGUAACUCCACCUCCGCCUAACAGACAAAGCAGCGACUCUGCCUUUUCUUCAUCUCAUACCGAUUUUUCUCAUCAAUCCAAACCUUCAGCUGAGAAGGUCAUCCUCGCAAGCAGAGAACGAAAACGGAGCCACGAAAGUGUCGACGAUGCCUCCGUCAGCAGCCGAUCUCACGACGAUCAACCUACCAUGUCUAAACGUGUAAAAGAAUUACGAAAGUCACAGAAGAAACCUCAUCACCAGUCUCCAAAUACAUCCAUCAUAGACUCUGAUUAUGAAGACAACAGCAUGUCUCAUUUUUCUGCAGAAACCGAUUCUGAUGAACCCCUUAUACACAGUUACAAAUGCAAAUACUGCAGUAAAGAGUUUAAAUCUGGUAUAAGCCUUAGUAACCAUUUGAGAAUGCAUACCAAAGAAAAAAACUUAGCGGAAAAUACAGUUGUGGAUACCCCAAAGAAAAGUGUGGGAGAUGCCAAUGACUCUGAAGAUAAAUUGAGUUGCGACAAAUGCUCCAAAACUUUCAAGUUGAAGAUAAUGUUAAAACGACACCAAGAGUCUUGUAAUAAAACUGCUCAAGUCUCACCUCAAAAAGAGUUGCUUAUUUCGUUAGAACCUAUUGAUUCCGUGUUUCCUCCAAAGCCAUUAGAACAAAGCAAGAAACUGGAAUGUGAAAUGUGUACUACGCGCUUUAAAACUGUUGAAAAUCUAGAGAAACAUAUGAGAGUAAUUCAUGCAGCAGUUCUUAAGAAAGCAAGGUCAAGCUUAGAAAAAAAAUCUGAUGGAAAGAUAAGUUUUCCAUGCUUAUACUGCCGCAUGACUUUUGACGAUUAUUAUGUCCAUAGCGCGCAUUUCGCAGCCUGUCCGAAGAAAGAUGAAACCAUACCCCUUCAAUGUCCUAUAUGCGAUAGAGUCAUGUCCAAGAAGAGUUCUUAUUUUGUCCACAUAAAAACUAUGCAUUUUUGGCCCCGCGAUACUACAACUGUUGCUGAGACAAAAGAAACAUUCGAUUGUCGAAUGUGUAGUAAAAAACUAGCCUCUCAAGAUCUAUUGGUAACUCACUUGGCUGCUCAUAUGUCCAAUAUUGAUGAUGAUGCAGCUGAUAACAUCUCCAGACCAAGCACAAUUGAUGAUACAGUAUCAAACCAUUCCGACUAUUCAAGUUCUGUAGUGUCAAGUGGACCUCAUAAAUGCACUCAUUGCGAAAAAGCAUUCAAGUACAAGAAAGCGCUGCAAACGCAUCUUAUGAUGAAGCACAGUGUGGAAGAUGUUGAAGUAAAAACUGAACCACCCGACAAACCUACUACUAGUCUACAAAAUAAUUUGUAUAAAGAAUCCGAAUCUGACUCCAGUCCCGGAGAAGGUGAUGACCUGACUUGCGAUAUCUGUGAAAAACAGUUUUCUUACAAGCGCUUAUUACUUCAUCAUAAACGCACGAAACAUAAUAUGAGCUCCGGUACGAAAAGAGCAAAAAUCAAUCUAAAAGAUUGCAUGGUUCGCUGUCUGAUAUGCGAUGUAGAAAUGAAAGUGUCAAACAUAAACGAGCAUAACCAGAAACAUCUGUCAAUGAACAUCAAACCGCGAAACAUGUAUACUUGCGCGGAAUGCAGUGAACAAUUCAAGAGUUGUAGUGGCCUUGCGAACCACAUCAAGCUAAUUCACAGGCUAAAGCAACAGCCGCCGCAAAAGCAGCAGCCUCAGCAGUUCGAGGGAGCAGAUCUGGCGGAUUUUUGUGAAGUCGUUGUGACGAAAGCGGAACCCCUGGACGCGAUCCAGAGUCACAACGGCUUUGGUGAGGUUCCGCUGACAGAAGGUGGCCCGCUUGUCGACCUAGCCGGAUUUACAUGCCACAUCUGCGGAAAAAAACUAAAAACACUCAUAUCGCUUAAGCGCCACGUCAACUGGCAUACAAAUGUCGGGAACAACAUAGAAAAAAUCACGGAGUGCUUCGUGUGUAAGGAGAAAUUCCGGUUCCAACGCCACUACAAAUUGCACAUGCGCGAGCACUACACGGAUACGAAUCUAGACCCUGUGCAUCUAACUUGCGCUAUCUGUGGUCGCCGAAGCAAACAUCUUCGCGCUGCACAGGCGCAUAUGAAUUUCCAUAAACAAACUCGCUUCAAGAACAAAGACUACCAAUGCUCCAUAUGCAAGAGGAUCUUUCAGUACAGAAAGGUGUAUCUCGCCCAUAUGGCUAUACACUAUAAGAGAGGGGAGGGUCAAGACGCUAUUGUCGGCGAUCGACCUCUUCAAUCCAACAAUACAGUCAGCAAUGAUGGGACCUAUAAAUGCCCACAGUGCGGUAAACUAUGUGAUUCUGAAAAUUCUCUUAAGUGCCAUGUUCGCUGGCACACCUCUAAAUCCUCCCUGUAUGGCUCGAGGCAUGAGUGCACAAUUUGCCAGCUCCAAUUCACUAACAAGAGAAGGCUAGAAAUCCACACAAGAGGUCAUUAUGAGGAUGAAAAUGGACCUUAUAAAUGUACUGUGUGUGGUAAAGGAUACAUUGAUGAAGAUUACUUUAGGAGGCAUGUUAAAGGUCACAAUUUUGAUCACCAAAGCCAUAAAAAUCGUAUAGAGAAAUUAAGAAAAAAUAAGGUGAAAUGCCCUAUUUGUUCAAGAUUUUAUCCAGACUUAGUGAAACUCAUACGCCAUUUGAGGAGAUCUCAUCCUGAAAGUAAAAUGAUUAAGGAAGAUCCCGAUGCCCCACCGCAACGUUAUUACUCUUGCAAGUUAUGUGCAAAAGUGUUCUUGGACGAGCGGAGAUUCCAGCACCAUGAGGAAGCUCACCUAAGGAAGCCACAAUUCUUCAAAUGCAAAUUUUGCGGGAUAAAAACCAUGUCACUAAAAAGUCAUCGUGUGCAUGUCCACCAAAAACAUAUGACUGUCAAAUACUUGGAUAACCCACUGAAAUGUCCUUAUUGCGAAGAGAAAUUCAUCCGAGGCUACUUACUUCAGCACCAUAUUCGUGACGUGCACGAUAUUGAUGAAACUUGGAUAGCCGGGCCUUCAGAACAACCGCUUGGGCCAUUGAAAGAAUUUCAAUGUUCUGUGUGCCUCAAAGUGCUGGCCUCGAAAGGAAAUUUUGAACGACAUCUCGAUUAUCAUAAUUCACUACGAUGCAAUUACUGUUUUGACUACUUCAGCUCUCUGAAAUUCUUAGAAGGUCAUUUGGCAUUUAGCUGUGAAAAGAAGAAACUGAUUGGUAAUACGGAACCCUUUACUAAGAACAUCAAAUGCAACAUUUGUUACAAAGCAUUCCAUCUCCAAGUGAAACUUGAUUGCCAUUUGUUCACACAACAUAACAUUAAAGUGUCAAAAGAGGCAGAGGAAGGAAAACAGGAUCAUUUGUGUGAUUAUUGUUUCAAAGUUUUUGAGAACAAGCAUGCCCUAGAAAGCCAUAAAGUUUACCACCGUACUAUUGGCUACUUUGGGUGUAUUUACUGCAACAGAAAAUUUAACACCUUAGUUUUAUUUAACAAACAUAAAACAAGCCAUCUCUACAGGCUUCACUCUGACGACCCGGUUAAAUGUGAACAUUGCGAUGAAACUUUUGUCUUGUUCAAAGACAUGAUCGAUCAUAUGAAAGACGUACAUGGAGACGACAAAGAUUGGGUAGUUAUGCCCAAAGAAUCUAUAGAGGAAACUUGUCAUUUAUGCAAGAAGACGUUCUAUAAUCUUCAUCGGCAUUUAGCGUAUCACGAGGAGAAUCGUUGCAAGAAGUGUGGCGAAUAUUUCUUUUCACGAAUAGAUUGCGAUAAUCAUCUUUGUGCGAUUGAGAGCGACGAUGAAGUGACCGAAAAAGCUAAUGAUAUCCGGCCUAAAUACGAAGAGUGCACAUUUUGCUUCAAGCCGAUAACUAGGAAGAGCACCAAAAAAUUACAUGAUAACUUACACAGUGUAUCAGGAGCGAUUUCGUGCCGCUUUUGUCCACUUAAAUUUAAAACAAUGGAUGCGUUCAACAUUCACGCAUUUUCACACAGAAGCAGAAAGUAUAACAACAAACCUAUAAAGUGUAGAAUUUGUCGUGAAAAGUUUAUACGCUAUGGACCUUUUGUAAAGCACAUGAAAACUGCACAUAAAUCGAAGAAAAAAAUGCACUAUCGCGCUAGAGUUAAGCACGAACGUUGCGUUGUUUGCGGCGACUAUUUCCCGAAUUUACACAAUCACUAUCGCAGUCAUUUGCAAAACCAAUGCCAGUUAUGUUCCAAAUACUUUACGUCUGUAAAGGUAUUUUCUCAACAUGACUGCAACAAAGAGGACUCUGAUCCAUCCAAAGUGUUUACUAGUGAUGAAAAUUUGCCAGCCCUUAUUAAAUCUUAUAUUCCUAAGGAUGAUAAAGAUGAUGAGAAGUUUUAUGGUUACACUGACGACGAGGAAGAUGAAGAAGAAAACAAUUUUGCUGAUAAUGAUGAGAGUCAGAACUCUGCUGACAUUGAAAACAUGGUCGUCCAGCCUUUUAUAAUAUCGGAUGUGCUGUCUCUUUACGAAAAGAAAGAAGAACUAAUUGCAAUGUAUCAAAAUAAGGAUGAUGAUAGUAAGAAGAAAGAAGAAAUAAACAAAGCUAAGAAAUCUGAUGGGAACAAAGACAAUGGGCCGGAGAGUGAUGACGACGUCGUGAAUUUAUCGGACGAUGACGCUGUAGACGUGACAAGCAUUUGCCCCGUUAUUACUAUAGACGAUGAUUAAAACUUAAUUUUUGGGAACACCGCCUAAACACCACUAUAGGUCGAGUGAUAAUUCUGAAUAUGAUAACUCCCUGACUGUGAGUCGGCUGGUUUGCGCUAUUAUUCUAGUUUGGAUUUUAAAUAUUAUUGUGUAGGGCUUUUAAAAUGUCUCCUAAAUUUUUUAAUAGUAAAGAAUAAUUGAGACGAAGUUUGGCCGUAAGUUCCAUAAUUUUUUCCAAAGCAAAAGUAAUGUAUAGAAAUAACAUUUUGGAAUGAAAAAUUCUAUAUCAUGUUUAUUACAGAUUAAUUGUUGUUGUAUAAUACUUGUAAUAUUGCACUAAAAGCAUUUCAGUGUUUCUGAAUUUAAUUAUUUCGUGUUAAUUUUUGUUUAUUUGCACCUGGAUAUCUUUAAUGUUGAUUUUUAUUUUUUUUAUCUAAGAGCAAGUUAAGCGAGUGAUAGUUUAUGUAUAAGUUUAAUGAUUAUUUUAAUUCCAUUUUGUAAAUAAUUUCUUGGAACUUCACCAGCUAAAGGGCUGCCAUUUGUAUUUUAAUGCCAUAUUUGCAAACUAGCAGUAGUGUAAAAUGCUUUGCGUAACGUGUUUCUUUAAGACUAGAUAUUUUAUAGACAGUGUUUAAAGGUACAUUUACUAAGUGCCAUUUAGCAUGUCAAUAGCGAUCAUUUCCCCCUUCCUACCACAGUAUACGUUAUUGUGAAAACGAUACAUGCCAUAGUGUUAUCGUUGGCGUAUCGUGGUAGAAGUCAACCUUGAUGUACAAACGUCAGUUACAUAACGACGUCUGGCAAAGUAUAACAAAGCAAACUAAUAAAACAAAUGAAUAAAACGAAUUAACAAAACAACGAAAUUUAAAUGAAUAUUCCUGAAACUCGACCGAUCGCAAGUGCAUAGGGAUCGACGAUCGGUCGCUGUCGAAUUAUGACUUCGGGAUGAGACUCAAGGUCAAUGACCGCUAUUGACAUGAUAAAUGGCACAAACUAUAGCAUGUAUGUUAUUAUUCUAUCUUAGUCAUGUAGGUGAUCGUUUCUCUAUGUGCUUUUAAUGAUGAUAAGUAUUAAACUCCAUUAUGUAACGAUUUCAUCGUACAUACUGAAAAGUGUUUUGUAUUUAUGCUUCCAUUUUAUUUUAGAAAGUUCAAGAAAAGAUGGGUUAGAAUUUCAGCCUGAUCGCAUAUAUUUGUGUUUUGACAGGAAAUUCUGAAAACAUUUUUAUGAUCUUGCAUGAAGAACAAAACUCCUACAUAAAGAGACCAUUUCUUUGAUAAUAGUAAUAUUAAAUUUAAUUAACAGACUGCCUUGUAUUACAACUGACAAAGCUGUAGUAUAAACAUAGUGUUAAGAAUGCCAAACAUAAAAUAAACUUUUAUAUUUGUAAUUCUUAUUACAUUCUUCAAAAUUUUUAAAGAGUUUAUUAUUAAACUUUAACUUUAUAGUGACCGUUGUCAUUACCGAUGUUACUUCACAAAUUUGUAUGGCAAAUUUUACAACGCCCCUAGCAGUCAUAAGGAGAAGUAUCAUUUUGUAUCCAAAAUAUUUACGGGAUCACUAGUGACUAUAGUUACUGUAAAUUCUUGUUAGGUCCCCAGAAUGCCAAUAGUAAAUUACUUGGUCAAUUUAUGGUAUUAUUGUGUGUGAUCUACGAGUACUUGUUAUUUAUACUCGGCUAUAGAUUAUUUAUAUUAAUCCACUAUGUAUGUAAACUAUAUACUAGGCAUUUGAAAAUCUCUGUAAUUUGGGAUCUGAUUAUUUUGAAUUUAUCAUUAGAUAUAAGACUUGCAUUUAAAUGUCAACUAUGUGAGUACGCUAAAUAAUGAAUAUACUUAUAAUAAAUUAAAAAUUAGUUAAUUAUGCAUUUGUUUGAUCAAAAUCUACAUAAAUAUGUCCUUUUGUGCUUGUCAUAGACAUAUUUUAAUUAUAUUAUUCAAAUGCUAUGAUUAAAAUACUUCUCCAAUGGAUAAUUACCCACGUUAUCGUACAAUUUAGAACGAAUCGCAUUCCGUAAAAUUAUUGUACUAUUGUAAGGAUGAUAAGAUCGAUAAUAAAAUAGAGCGAUUGUACUGUCAAAAACACCAUCAUAUUAUCCUCCCGAACACGUAAUUCGAGCUACCUUAUAUUUUCAGUAUUAACGUCAUUCCAUAAGUCCUUGUUAAAAAUUUGGCUUUGUAAAACCGGGGAAAACUUUUCUUCGAUGAUAACAAUAUUUUUUGUUAACCC